AUGAUCAGUGAUUCCUUAAAUGAUAUGGAUAGCCCAAAGUUUAACGUGACGCUAAAGUCUGUUCGAGACCACUACACUUUACUUCAAAAACAACAAAAGAAAAGAUUAAGAGAGGAGGAAAAAGCUUCUGGGAUCUCUCCAGAGCCAUCUGCAGUAGAAACUUCCAUUGAGGAAAUUAUUCAAUUGUUUAGAAAUAAAGAUGAAGAGAAAAUUUUGGAAGAGAAACAAAAACAAAACUCUGUUGCAGAAGUAGAAAAGGCUGUGGAAAUGAGACAACAGUCAAUGGAAACAUUAGCUGAAACUUGCAAAAGAAAAUCUCAAAGUAAAGAUGGUGAAAAACCUAAAAGAAGAAUGUCAUCCAAUGGAAGUGAAACCAUUGCCUAUUUACAACAAAAGUCAAAAGCUGAUGCAGAACUUAAAAGAGAAGACUUGAUGUUGAGAAAAGCUAAAGCUGAUGAAAGAAAGCAACAACAAAACAACAUCAUUUCUCAACAGGACGCUCUCACUAAAACCUUAACUGACAGCAUUGCUGCUCAGCAAAGGCAGCAAGAGCAACUAAUACAUCAACUGCAACUUCAAAACACUGCUUUACUAACAUCGAUGCAGAAUAUUGUUAAAAAAGACUGA